UGUGUUUGAGGAACGUGCCUGCGACCGCGGGGGGCAAUGGGAUUGAUAGGGAUGUUUCCAUCAUGGCGGCAUCCAUUUCAGGUUAUACUUUUAGUUCUGUGUGUUAUCACAGCGCUAACAGCAACUCAGAUCAUGAAGGCUUCCUGUUAGGGGAAGUAAGGCAAGAAGAAACUGUCAGCAUCAGUGACACACAGAUCAGCAGUGCAGAAUUACUCCAGAUAGUAGAAAUCCAUAAUCAUGAUCCUUGUGCACAGUUAUUUAGCUUUUAUGACUACGCAGGCAAAGUCAAUGAAGAAAGUCUCAACAGCAUUCUUAAAGACAGGAGAAAAAAGGUCAUCGGUUGGUACCGGUUCCGGAGGAACACACAGCAGCAGAUGUCAUUCAGGGAACAGAUCAUUCACAAGCAGCUGACUCAGCUGCUUGGUGUGCCCGACCUUGUCUUCCUUCUUUUUAGCUUCAUCUCCACCGCCAACAGUUCCACACACGCCCUGGAGUAUGUGCUCUUCAGACCUAACCGCAGUAGGUACAACCAGAGGAUCAUCCUCACAAUCCCAAACCUUGGCAAUACAAGCCAACAGGAAUACAAAGUCUCCUCAGUGCCCAACACCUCACUCAACUACGCCAAGGUCAUCAAAGAACAUGGGGCUGAAUUCUUUGACAAAGAUGGUGUGAUGAAGGAUAUCCGAACAAUUUUCCAAGUCUACAGUGCAUUGCAAGAUAAAGUGCAGGCUGUGUGCGGGGAGGUAGAACAAAGUGAACGUGUGAAGGAGAAAUUUCAAGAGGAUGUGAACAAACUAAGACAACAAAUUGCCUUCAGGAAACGCAAGACAGCAGAAGAGGAGAGGAUGCUUCAUGAUGCCCAAAAUGCCAACUCCCAUUCCACUCCAGAGGAGAACACAGAAGAACCUUCUGAAGUUUCCCUUAUGUCCAGGAUAACUUUCCACACACCCUCUGCUCCAGAGCGGCCCAGUACUUCACCUAACCCACCAUCUUAUGUUGACCUCUUGUCCCAGGAUGACUCUCUGCUCUCUUCUUCUUCCCCACCUACCAGUGCUGCUCUAUUGCCCCGGCCCCAAGCUGUGGGCUCUCCAGGACACCCCACCCCUGGUCCACUGAACAUGAGCCUGGGUCUGGGCCCCAGCACCAGCUCUAAUCCUGUCACCGCUCCCAGCACCCCGUAUCUUGGCAAUGGUGAUGGAUCAAGCUCUGACUCUUUAGACAGACAAGCUGCAGGACAGGAAGAUGAUGAAGAGGAUGAGGACGAUGAAGACGAGGACAGUAGCGAAUAUGAGAACUUAGUGAGUGAAACUGCUCAUCUGCCAAUGGCCUCUGCGAGCGUUUUAGCUCAAGGCCGACCAGCUGCCCUCAGUCCUGAUGGGCAUGCUCGUGGCUCACAGACCACAUAGAAACAUGCCACAACCUGUGUAAGGGACACAAAUAAGUGGCACACCUUGAGGGGUGGACAUCUUAAGCAAUCAAAGAUAGAACAAAUAUAGACAAAAGAAGUGCCAGUUCUAAAAGUGAAAGGCAUGCACAAAUGAUGUCCCGCUGUACGUGUUUCUUUUUGUCUUAGUCUGAUCUCCAUUCUAAGGGGAAACCUUGGUAGGCUCUGCCGGCUUAACAGGUGUGUCUCGCUUGAGGAAAAGUGGUCUAUUUUCUUUUUUCCUUUUCAGGAAUAUCUGGGUCCUUCAAUGUGGAUGUGUCUGGUUUCAGCAUCAGAAGUGGACAAUAUGCAGUUUAUGCCAACUGGUUGGCAUGCUGGCUCCCUAAAAGACAGGCCAUACUCUGCUCUUUUGUUUUGUUUAGUUUUUAACAUUUGCAUCACCAACUCUGGGCACCCACUUUUGCGCUUUUUCUUGCCUUCUUUUAAACAAUCCAUCUAAGAUAAGCAAAGUGAAACUAUCCUGUGGCCUUUGAACAGUUUUUUUAAAUGAAGUAGGUUGUUCACUUCUUUAUUUUUUAAUGUGAAAAUGAAUAUAUAGUGUAUGUAACUAGAAUUUCUUGCACAUCCACGUUUCUGUCUUUUCAAUUAGGGCUUAUUACUUGUUUUUCCAUGUUUAAACAGUCUUUAAUCAUACAAUUGCAUAUUUAAAUGAUGAACAAUACAUUUUAGACAAAAUUUACUCUGCCAUUUCUAUAAUGAGUGCUUUAUAAACAAAUAUAUAUUAUAUAUACUUAGAUUAACAGUUAAUCUAAUUUAAUUGACAAAUUAAUAGUUCUUGGAUAACACUGAAAUUGUAUUCACUUUGCUGCACUUAACAAAUCUAAGAUUUCUUUCUUAUUGUGCUAUACCAAUGCUGUCAUGUUGUGCCACUUGAAUAGUCCUCUGACCACCCUGAGCUAAACUCAGCUCAGCUUUUGUGUGUUGUAUCGGGUUCACAGGGAAAAGACAAUGUACUGUAGCUUUACUAACCAGAUGAUUGAGGUUCCUUUCUGCUGCUACAACACAGAGAGCUACCACUGAAAACUACAUCUGUCUGUUCUUCAUAUAGAACCCUGGCUGCUACUUACACUUCGCUAACCAUGCUGGUUGUCUCUAAUACUGCUGGCCGUGAUCAUAUAACCACUUCAAUCUCACUUCUCACUUAUUUGUUCUCUAUUAAAGUCAUAAUAGAAGGCUCA